AUGGCUUGCAAUAAAAAUUCCAAACUUGUGGUUCUCGUUGACGCCGAUAAUGCGCAAUCCUCCAUCGCUACAGACUUGCUUGCAGAGGUCGCAAAAUAUGGCAUAGCUCAUGUAAAGCGGGCCUACGGGGACUGGACCAAUACUGGAUUGAAAGGAUGGAGCGAUGUGCUACUCAGGAAUUCAAUUCAGCCCAUCCAGCAGUUUGCGUACACCCACGGCAAAAACGCAACCGAUUCAGCUAUGAUCGUAGAUGCGAUGGAUCUCUUACACUCGGGCCACUUCGAUGGCUUCUGCCUCGUCUCUAGUGACAGCGACUUCACUCGGUUAGCCACUCGGAUCAGGGAGUCUGGACUAAAGGUAUAUGGGUUUGGGGAGCGCAAGACGCCUAAGCCCUUCGUCGCUGCGUGCGAUGAAUUUAUCUAUACCGAAGACCUCAAGUAUCUCCCAGAAUUUGCCCCGAAUUCCAAUAGGGUCGAAGUGCCUAAAGCCCAUUCUCCAGUUCAAGAUGCCCGACAUAAUGAUAUCUCAGAUAGUCAGCUGAACAGUUCGGUAGAGACGAGUCUCGAUGAUAGUGGGUGGGCUCGGCUAUCUGAGGUCGGCGGGCAACUCAUAAAUCGACACCCAAACUUCAACCCCUCCACACAUGGAUAUUCUAAGCUCAGUGACCUAAUUAUUGCUUCCCCUCACUUCGACCUUGAGAAACGACCUCCUAAACCAGGCGAAACGCCUGAUUUAUUGGUCCGAAAACGAAAAACCUCUGGUGGAAAUUCGCAAGUCUGA